AUGAGCUACUACGGCAGUUACUAUGGAGGCCGCGGUUACGGCUAUGGAGGCUUCGGGGGCUUCGGUGGCCUGGGCUGUGGCUGUGGCUGUGGAGGCUACGGAUAUGGCUCUGGCUUUGGAGGCUUUGGAGGAUAUGGGGGUUAUGGGGGUUACGGCUCUGGCUAUGGGGGCUACGGAUAUGGCUGCUGCCGCCCGUCCUGCUUCAGAGGAUACGGAUUCUCUAGCUUCUACUGA